GCUCCAGUAGCCUGGCCCUGAAGCAUCUGCUAGCCAGUCUAGCUAGACUGGGAGUUGAAGAUGUAUUACAGCCUCAAAACAUGGCAUAGAGUAGCAAUACCCUUUCUCAACCUUGCACUUUUGAUAGUGGCUGUUACAUGAGUAUAAAAUGUCUGUAUCUGAGAUGCCACUGAUAGUGGGAAACUCUGAUAGAGAAAGAGAAUUUAUAUUCCUGCAGGAGUUGUACUUUUGUCUCCAGUAGUUUAAAUAUUAGUCUCUGUGUCAGAACUGUUAAAAUAAGAGAAUCUUUGAACCUUGUUUGGAGAUACCAGGGUCAGGUAAGAUAAAUUAUGAAGAUAGUAUUGGAAGCCUACUUAAUUCUCUUUACUUUUUACACACUCUCCUUCUCCCUUGAACACAUACUGUUUUUUUGUCUCCUGUUUUGUUCUCUCCCUAAAUCUGCGUGGAAAAACAAAAUCCUGGACUUAAUCUGAAACUGCUUUACACUGGAGUAUAAAUUACUAAUGUCAUGUUAAGAAUAGUGAAGCGAGUUCUUUUUAUUCCAUAUGCACUUCAUGAUCGAGAUGCCUAUGCCAAAACUGCAAGAGAAAAAUUUCAAAGCUUAGGAUAUGGGUUAGACAGCAUUCAUGAAUCUUCUGACCCUGUGGAAGCUGUGAGGAAAUCUGAAGCCAUAUUUGUAGGUGGUGGUAAUACUUUCAGACUUCUGAAGACAUUAUAUGAUUUAAAUCUGAUUCCCGAAAUCAGGAAGAGAGUCCUCCUUGCAGGUGUUCCAUACAUGGGAUCUAGUGCUGGAACAAAUGUAGCCACGAUCAGCAUCAAUACCACCAAUGAUAUGCCGAUUGUAUUCCCACCUUCUUUUGAGGCUUUGGGAUUUGUUCCUUUUAAUAUCAAUCCCCACUACCUGGAUCCAGAUGUUAAUAGCACACAUAUGGGUGAGACACGUGAAGAACGGAUUCUUCAGUAUCAUGAAGAGCCAGACACCCCUCCAGUACUGGGUUUACGUGAAGGAUCAAUGCUACUGGUGGAAGGAAACAAAGCAACACUUUUAGGAAGAAGUAAAGCUCGACUUUUCCUGAGGGGUCAAACACCAACAGAACAAGAACCUGGAGCUGAUCUCAGUUUUCUCCUUAAUUCCUAAGUGAUCCUUAGAAGCUACCAGCUUUGCCAAAAAAGAUAUUCAUCAAUUGCAGCGGUAAAAUAAUCAAAAGAAGAUUGCCAGUACAAAUAUUGGCAUGGACCUGAUUUACCCUUAAUUUAACCAAGAUUGCUUUCCCCUCCCCCCCAAAUACUCCCAUGUGCUAUUUGGCAAUAUCAGUUUUGCAGCUAUGCUAUGAUCACUUGACUUUAAACUUAAAAAAUAAAAUUCUAUACUAAA